AUGUCGUUCUUCAAGAAGAUCACCAAAGAGUUCGAGGGUCUCGGCUUCGGAGACGACAAGAAGCGAGACCAGUAUCCAGCCCAACGGGACUACCCGCCUCAACAGGCGCCCUACGGUGGCGGGCCGAGCCACUACCCUCCACCUGGCGGUCCGAGUCCUUACCCUGACCAGCAGCAGCAGUACCAGCAGCCCCCUCCUCAGCCCGGCUAUGGCUCGCCGCAACCAGGAACGCGUGAUGGUGGCUACGGUGCUCCCCCGCCUCCGCCUGAUUCUUCAAGGCCGGAUCCCGUCUACUCUCCCCCUUCGGACAAGCCCCCAAUUCCCCAAGGAUGGACCCCUCAGUACUCCCAUGAGCACCGCCGCUGGUAUUACUACGAGCAGGCGACCGGCCAGUCACAGUGGGAGGCGCCGGGUCUGCCCCCGCGCCCUCCGAUGCCCGGGUCUGACGCUCGCGGCUCCCAGUCCUCGGCCCCGGGCUACGGCGGUAGCUAUGGCGCGCCCGGCCAGAGUCCCUACGGCGGUGACGGCGGCGCACAGACAAAAGAGAAGAAGAAGGGCUCUUCCGGCAUGCUCCUCGGCGUAGCAGGAGGAAUGGCUGCUGGUGCUGUCGGCGGUGCCUUGCUUGCUCAUGCCUUCGAUGACUCGGACGACGAGCGCCGUCAGGCACAGCAAGCUGCAGCUGCGCCUGCAGCUGCCGCUGCCGCCGCCGCCCCUCAGCCUGCCUACGCUCCCGAGCCGACCUACGAGCAACCCCCUCCCGGAGUUAUUCCCACGUAUGAUGCGUAUGGCGACGAGAUCGACAGCAGCGACCGCGAGUCUCUCCGGGAGGCCCGCGAUAGAUACGAGGAGGCGCUCGAAAAGGCGCAGAGCUCUAGCGCCAGCAGUAGCGACCUAGAGGAACUCGAGGAAGCGAGAGAGGAGUACGAGGAGGAGUAUGAGGAAGCUUACUAUGACGACGAUUGA